AUGAUCAGCGUGAACGUCAAGUGGGGCAAGGAGGUCGUCGUCGCCGAGGUGGCCCCCGGGGACAGCCCGGCCAAGUUCAUGGAGCAGCUCGAGGCGAAGACGGGCGUGCCCGUGGCGCGCAUGAAGCUCAUGGCGCGCGGCGCGUGGCGCGGCGUGCUCAAGGCGGACAUGUCGCUCGCCGCGCUCAAGGAAGGGCAGAACGUGACGCUCAUGGGCACGGCGGAGACGCUGGUGGCCCCCGCCGUCGCGACGAAGUUCCUCGAGGACAUGGGCGAGGCCGAGGCCGCGGCGACGGGCCUCGUGCUCCCCGCGGGCUUCGCGAAUUUGGGCAACACGUGCUACAUGAACUCGACGCUCCAGUGCCUCAAGGCCGUGCCCGAGCUCCGCGCGGGCCUCGACGCCCUCGCGGCGAAGCGCCCCGGCGCCGGCGACGUGCCCGGCGCGCUCGCGGAGACGUACCGCGCGCUCGACGCGUCGACGAAGCCCGUCGAGCCCGCGCGCUUCGUCGCGACGCUCCGCGCGGCGUUCCCCCAGUUCGCGCAGCGGGGCCGCGGCGGCGGCUUCGCGCAGCAGGACGCCGAGGAACUCUACAGCACGCUCCUCGCGAACCUCGCGGCCGCGCUCACGGACGCGCCGCCGCGCGGCGCGGCCAACGUCGUCGACGGCCUCUUUGGCCUCGAGCUCGAGGAGACGCUCACGUGCGCGGAGAGCGACGCGGAGCCGCCCGUGACGCGGUCCGACGUCGCGCGCAAGCUCGUCUGCAACAUCCAGGGCGGCACCGCGGGCGCGAACGUCAACCACCUCGCCGAGGGCCUCAAGCUCGCGCUCGCCGGCUCGCUCGACAAGCGGAGCGACGCGCUCGGCCGCGACGCGACGUGGGCCAAGACGUCGCGCGUGUCCAAGCUCAGCCCCUACCUCUGCGUCCAGUUCAUGCGCUUCUACUGGAAGGCGACGCCCGACUCCGCGGACCACGCGGGCGUCAAGUGCAAGAUCAUGCGACCCGUGUCCUUCAACCUCGCGCUCGACGUCUUCGACUUCUGCGCGCCGCCGCUCCAGGCCGCGAUCAAGGCGAACCGCGACAAGUACGGCGCCAAGGUCGACGCGGCCGCGCUCGCGGCGGCCGACGCGGCCGCGCGCGGCGAGGCGGCCGCCGCGCCCGCGACCGACGCCAUGGACGAGGGCGGCGACGACGACGACGACCUCAAGGCCGCGCUCGCGCUCUCCGGCGUCUACGAGCUCUUCGCCGUCGUCACACACAAGGGCCGCUCCGCCGACGGCGGCCACUACAUGGGCUGGGUCAAGCAGGACGGCGACAAGUGGCUCGUCUUCGACGACGACCUCGUCUCCGAGUCCGACGCGGAGUUCGUCAAGAACCUCAAGGGCGGCGGCGACGAGCACAUGUCCUACCUCCAGUUCUACCGCGCCAAGUCCGGCGGCAACUAG